AGUGGAGUGGUGUGGUGGUGCCUAAAGAGACCCUCCGUUUAUAAGGAUGCUGGUGGGAAAUGCCUGGAGACAAAGAUGACGAGAUUUGUCAAAAGGCGCUUGAACUCCUUUCAGAUCUUUGCUCGAAGGGGGAAGUGCAGAACGAGAACUGCCUGAAUUUUAUCUACUAUUUCCGAGACCUCGCCCGGCCACGCUACACGGAUUCAGAUAUAUCAGUGAGUCUGCUGUCGCUGGUGGUGACUGCCUGUGGCUUGGCCCUGUUCGGAGUCUCUCUCUUCGUCUCCUGGAAGCUCUGCUGGAUACCAUGGAGAGAGCGUGUACUCUCACCCACCACCAAGGAGUCCUAUGGGCACCUCCACCCAACCAUGAGCCUUCUGCCCUCACAGCAUGCACCCAGACAGCCAGUUUACACAGCCGUGGACCCACCGCCGCACGGCCGCCGUGAAUCCUCACAAUGCUCCAUCGCCAGGGAGCCCACUCCUGUGGCAUCUGUUGUGUCGGUGGAGGCUCCGGUCACUCCGGUGUCCCCGCCACCCGUGGUCCUGGCCACGCCUGAGGCAGCUAUGAAGAUCAGUUUCACGUCCCCAGACAUCCCACUGGACGCCCAGACUAAAAGUCGGGAAAACGGGGUCCACACUAACCCUCGCGUGCAGAGACAGACCACUGAACCUCCACCAUCUGGUCGCACAAUGGCUGAAAUCGGACAAGGGACGAUUCGUAGACAUAUGAACUUGUCUAACCCGGACUUCAACGUGGCCCAGUUCCAAAGGCAGGACUCCCUCACUGGAAUGGGACUGGGCCUCGGCCGUCUCAAACCCGAGCUCUACAAACAGCGCUCCCUUGAGGGAGAUGAAGUAAAUUGCAGAGGAGGAGGCUGUGGACGCCUCAGCUUCAUCCUCAGAUUUGACUGUGACCAGGAGCAGCUAAUAGUUAAGAUCCACAAAGCAGACGACCUGCCAGCCAAGGACUUCUCCGGUACAUCUGAUCCUUACGUUAAGAUCUAUCUGCUGCCCGAUCGUAUGACCAAACACCAGACCAAGGUGCACCGCAAGACGCUGAACCCUGUGUUUGACGAGGUCUUCCUGUUUCCCGUGGCGUACUCUGAGCUUCCUACACGCAAGCUGCACUUCAGUGUCUAUGACUUUGACCGCUUUUCUCGCCAUGACAUUAUUGGCCAAGUGGUUGUGGACAACUUCCUGGAUCUGGCCGAUUUCCCGCGGGAGACAAAACUCUGCCGGGAAAUCCAGUAUGUCUCUACGGAUAACGUGGACCUCGGGGAUCUGAUGUUUUCACUCUGUUACCUGCCAACUGCAGGCAGAUUGACUAUUACCAUGAUAAAGGCUCGAAAUCUUAAGGCCAUGGAUAUCACCGGUGCAUCUGACCCGUACGUGAAGGUUUCUUUAAUGUGUGAUGGUCGUCGACUGAAGAAGAGGAAGACGUCGACGAAGAGGAACACUUUGAAUCCAGUGUACAAUGAGGCUAUCGUCUUUGAUGUUCCUCCAGAAAACAUAGAGCAGAUCAGCCUCCUGAUUGCAGUGAUGGACUAUGACCGCGUGGGCCAUAAUGAGGUGAUUGGAGUGUGUCGAGUUGGUAACGAUGCAGACAGCCUCGGUCGAGACCACUGGGGUGAGAUGCUCACAUAUCCACGGAAACCUGUUGCCCACUGGCAUCCUCUAGUCGAGUACCAGGGGACCACAGGAAGUAGCCAGGGAGGAUCAUGUAACUCUCUGAGGACGCCUCCCUCUCCAUAGCCUUGAAUAACAACUCAACCUGAGAGCACGAAAUCAACCCGGUGCCUCGGCUGAACCUUUGGACGGUGGUGCCGCUGUGCGCUGCACACACACGCUCCUGAAAGAAGGAUGCAGUCGUCCACAAACUUCUAUGGAGACGAGGGAGAGACCGUCUCGAGCUCUGUUCAGUCGGAUCAGUUGCAUGUUGAAUGAACGCAAAGAUGGAUGUUUUCUUUUCUAUGAUGUUCAAUAAGAAAAACAAGACGCACAUGCAGACAUUUUAAGCAUCUGCUAUUCCUGGGUACAGUAGUUACUGUUCUUUUUUUUAAACAUAGUCUUGUCACUUGUUACCUGUUUCAAUGAGGUGAGUCUGUAUUUUGCACAUUGUACUUACAACCAGUUGAACUGCCAUACUGAUUCUUUUUUAAUUUGGUGGUGAACUGGUGCAUGAGGUCACGGUUUGAUGGGAUAUUUCUUCCUCAGUUGUUUGUUUCUGUUUUAUCUUUUGGGAAUACAGCGUGUUGUUCUGUCAGUUGAUGUGCAGUGAACCUCGAUUUCUAGACAAAGUAUCUGUAAGAAAAAUAUGUUAAUUGUUAUCAAUAAAUAUUAUUCCAUUAAAAAAAAACUCAAAUGUGGAUCUUUGCCCUCUCCCUUUUUUCGUGUGCGAUACAAUUUAAUUGCACAAUGAUUUUCCUAUUCAUAUUUUGGUUUACAGUCUAUGGAUUAUACACAGGCAACAACUAGAAAACCUGUGAAACAAUAAAAUAUGGAGAUUUAAAUGGAAAAAGUUAGAAAAGGUUGCGUAUCAGAGGUUUCAGACAAAACACUGAAUUGGACUGUGAGUAGAUAAUGAAUGCCUGCAGGCACAGCUCUGACGUGAACCUCUGCCAAUUACAAACUUAGUAUAAAGUAGUUUUUGACCAGUUAAAAAACUAAACUAAACUAAACUUUACAACUGGAUACAUUCACUGUGGUUCUCCUUGAGGUGAGCAAUCCAUUUAUCUUCAAGUGUCCACAGGAUUAGAAGCAGUCAAAUGUGUUGCAGUCAAACUGUGGGAUUGAGAAUGACCCUUCAGUAAACCGUGGACGAGUGCACAGUGUGAGCUAAAGCUGCUUUUUUGCAUGUAUCCUUUUGAAUCCUUUUGCAUUCAGACAUUUGCUGGACUUAUUGGAUGAGUGGGAACCUCCUCACCUGGAACUUCCCCCUCUAUUUUUCUUCCAUUUGGACAAUU